GAAAUCUCGAAGCUUCGAAAAGCGCGGGCAACAUCCGGGCACUCGGGGCCGUCAAGCUGAGGCGCAUCUUGCGACCCGACUGGUUAGGGCCCCAGCCAUGCUGAAGUGCGGAAUGGGCGGCAGUCAGUGUUUGGGAAAGCAAUCCAAGCUCUAUCACGAGUUAGUGACGAGCUGUGGCUGGACCCAUCUGAAAAAGGUCUUGCUUUAAGAUCUGUGAAUUCUUGUCGGUCAGCAUAUGGAUGUGUUCUCUUCUCUCCUGUCUUUUUUCAACAAUAUCAAUGGUCAACUUCAGUGAAAAUGAAUGAUAAUGACACAAUAUCGAAUUUAAAUUGCAAAUUGGGUAUGAAGUCAAUUCUCCCCAUCUUUAAAUGUCUGAAUUCCCUCGAAAGAAAUGUAGAGAGCUGCAAAAUAUUCACCAGAUCAGAUAAGUGCAAAGUAGUCAUUCAAUUCUUCUGCAGACAUGGUAUUAAAAGGACUCACAAUGUGUGUUUUCAAGAAAGUCAGCCUUUGCAAGUUAUUUUUGAAAAGAGUACAUGUUCUAAUACACUAAUGAUUCAACCAAGAGUGCUUGCUGAAGCAAUUGUUCUUUUUACAUCGAGUCAAGAGGAAGUUACUCUUGCCGUUACUCCAUUCAAUGUUUGCAUUAAGAGUUCUAAUGAGGAAUCAAUGGAUUUGACCAGUUCUGUACACAGUGAGAUGUUUGUUGGGCCAGAUGAGUUUGACUUCUUUCAAAUUGGAGUUGAUACUGAAAUAACAUUUUGCUUCAAAGAAUUGAAGGGAAUGCUGAUAUUUUCAGAAGCCACACAUGCUCCUAUAUCCAUUCAUUUUGAUUUUCCUGGAAAACCUAUGGCUCUAAGUAUUGAUGAUAUGUUACUGGAAGCUAACUUUAUUUUGGCCACAUUAGCUGAUGAGCCAAGUAGAGCAUCUUCUCCACAAUCACUGUGUCUGUCACAGAAACGAAAAAGGUCAGAUCUGAUACGUUCAAAUUCAAAGGCUGGUAAAAAUGUAACCAGCAAGGCCCUGGAGCAUAUCUCGAGAAAAGUGGCACCCAAAAGGCUUUGUCCUAAUGAGACGCUAACAGACAUCUCUGCCUUGGAAAACUGUGGCAGCCCUCCACUGAAAAGAGUGAGCGGAGACGUUGGUGAAGUACCAGCAAGCAGUGUCAGGCGCGCAGAGGAAGUGCUGGGGUCUCCGUGUCUCAGGAAGGCAAGAUUCUACAAUGCGGGGAUCUCCAUCAACACUAAGCAGAGGCUGAUUUUAAAUGUGGAUGGCAACUGCAAGGAAGGCCUUCUAGUAAGCAGAAAGAUGCUGGCAAUUAGCAGAAACUUAAUAACACCCUUUCUGUGAGUCUGCUUAGAAGGCUGGGUAAGUUGUUGGGCAAGUUCCCAGGAAACCAUUUAACAAACAAAUGUAGAAGCUGGGCCAAAAGAUGCUCCAUUAGCAUACCAGAUAAACCAACACUGGGUAUUUGUAAGUUUUCUAAAGCAAGAUUAACAGGGAUCUGUUUGGUGCCAUGCUAUUUCAUGGACUAAUCAGCUAACCACCAGCACCCUGGGGUGCCUGUCUGCAUCGUGAACUCCCCACAGGUAAUCCAAUGAAUUUUACCUGCUGGACCCACCCCUAUUCUUCCUCCCGCAGAAAGAACUGCUAUCCUGAAUUAUACAACCACUUGCUUUUCUUUCUUUUUUUAUCAUUUAUUUUAGAAUCCCAACAAUUGGUUUUACUUUCUUAUGUUUCUGAACUUGAAAUAUAUGGCAUCAGACUGUUAGGUGGUAGCCUGCAAUGUCCUCUCUUCCUUCAGCAUGUUCCUGAACACUGCAUGCAGCUUUAGGUUGUUCCUUUUCAAAAUGUGGUUUUCUGCUAUAAAUGGACUUUUAGGUUGUUCCCAGUUUUCUGCUAUUAUAAACAAUGCUACUAUGCACAUUCUUGUACCUAUCUCUUGAUACAAAGAUGUGCAAGAGUUUCUCUAGUCUAGGGUAUAGACUCACAAGUGGAACUGCUGGGACAUACGAUCUGCUCACGUUUAACUCUACUCUGUAAUUCCAAACUGUUUCCCAAAGUGGUUGUACCUAUUUACAUUCUCUCCAGGAAGUAUUAAUAUUCUGGUUACUCCAUAGCUUCUCUAUCAAACUCUGCUUAAUAGGAAGAGCCUUGGAGAAAAAAAGCUGAGCCAGUAAGUGAUUUUCUUGUUAACCAUCUUCU